AUGGCGAGGCUGGUUCCUUUGACUGAUGCAGAGGGCCCGGGGUUUGAAAUCAGUGGCGGGCUGUUCAUAGGCCGGAAGGAGACGUGCCAGAUCCGAAUCAGCGGGCCAACAGUAAGCGCUAUUCAGUGUGAAGUGCAAUGGAAUGCCCAACACGGAGUUUUCCAGGUUAUUGACAGAAGUUCCAAUGGUACAUUUGUUAAUGGCAGACUCAUGGAGAAAGAUCAGGUAGUGCAGCUGCACGACGGUGACGUCGUCCAGUUGACGAAGCGAUGGCCGCAUAGCCCUGCUUUGCAGUAUAGGUUUGUCGCUCCUGCCGGGCAGGUUCGAAGAGAAGGUACAACCCAUACAGGUGUGAGCACGAGCUGUCCAGAAGAGACCAAAGUCCUGAAGUCAGUCGAAGCUCACGUGCGAGAUGUUCCAGGAUCCGAGGUGGAGCUCCCUGACGUCGCAAAGCUUCAGUGUACGUUAAAGGAGGAAGAAGAUCGAGCAGCCUGUUUGACUGAAGAGCUGGAGAGGCUACGGGGUCCGGCUGUGGAACGACUGGAGGAAGCCAGCUACCAAGCCCAGGAGGCAGAAGAUGAAAGGCACAGGCUGGAGAGGGAUUUGAAAGAAGCCAAGGAGGGCGUCUUUGCCAACCUGGCGAUGGUCAAGGAGUGCGAGGAGCAAGGAGCGAAACUGCAGCACUUGCAGCGCAACUUGCAAUCGCUGCUCAGUGCUCGCCAAAGCAUCCGUCAAGACACCUCCAGAUUCCGUGAGAAUGCCGAGGCGGCAUGGGCUGUUCAGUCCCGCUUGCAGCAGCUUGUGGCCGAGCAAAUGGCCUCCACGGAAAAGUUGCAAUUGCAACUCAGUAGUUCCGUGUUUGAGAUUGGCACCCACUCCACGGAUCUCUCGAGUUCCAUCAGCGAAGGCCAGGAGCGUGAGUUGGUGGCAUGUCAGAGCGGCUGCAAACAUGUGCGCCACGUGACAAAGAGCCAUGAACCCGCAUCUGCCAAGAAACGGAGACGAAAACUGGAGGCCGGAGACAUUCCGACAAUGGAAAUCUUGUGA